AUGGUAAAGUACAUUGCAUCCAUCCUCUUUAGAAAACCAGACAUGGUCAAUACAACAAUCAUCCAGACUCUUGGGAUUGAUCACAACAUCACCAAGAACUUCUCUCUGCUCUUCACUCAAACCCAGUUCUUUGGCCAGCUCAUCCUUAAGUUCACCACUUUCUACUGCUGCUUUCAGUUUCUUCUCCACGGUGUUCCGAUUGUUGAGCUGGGGCUGCUGGGUGUGAUGGCCAUAGAGGUCCCAGAGGAACUUGGUGGAGCAGGGAUGGACUACCUGGCCUACAGUCUGGCUCUGGAGGAGAUCAGCAGAGGCUGCGCCAGCACCGGAGUCGUGGUGUCUGUUAACAAUUCUCUCUACAUUGGACCAGUCCUGAAGUUUGGCACAGCAGAGCAGAAAAAGCAGUGGAUCUCUCCAUUCACCUCUGGAGAAAAGGUGGGCUGCUUUGCCCUCAGUGAGCCAGGUAAUGGCAGUGAUGCAGGUGCAGCCUCCACCAUGGCCCAUCAGGAAGGAGACGAGUGGGUGCUGAACGGGACCAAAGCCUGGAUCACCAACAGCUGGGAAGCUUCUGCUGUCGUCGUGUUCGCCACCACAGACAAGAAGCUCAAGCACAAGGGUAUCAGUGCGUUCCUGAUCCCCAUGCCACAUCCAGGACUCUCUCUGGGCAAAAAGGAGGACAAGUUGGGCAUCCGAGCCUCUUCAACCGCCAACAUCAUAUUGGAGGAUUGCAGGAUCCCACUAAGCAACAUGUUGGGGCCCCGAGGAGCAGGAUUCAAGAUCGCAAUGCAAACCCUGGACAGUGGUCGGAUCGGCAUAGCAUCCCAGGCUCUCGGCAUCGCUCAGGCCUCUCUGGACUGCGCUGCAGACUACGCACACAAACGCACCGCGUUUGGAGCACCCAUCGGCAAGCUGCAGGCCGUACAGUUUAAACUGGCCGACAUGGCUGUUGCCACAGAAAGUGCUCGCCUGCUCACCUGGAAGGCUGCUCUCCUUCGUGAUUCACAGAAGCCCUUCACUAAGGAAGCAGCCAUGGCCAAACUGGCAGCGUCUGAAGCCGCCACUUUCUGCGCACAUCAGGCCAUCCAGAUUCUGGGCGGGAUGGGCUACGUGACGGACAUGCCAGCUGAACGGCACUACCGCGACGCCCGCAUCACGGAGAUCUACGAAGGAACCAGCGAGAUCCAAAGACUGGUGAUCGCAGGCCAAGUCUUGAAGGAAUAUCGACAAUAGAUGCGCUUUGCUCUGCGUAUUUUGCACCUGCUGGACAUCUGAACCCAGAUCGAGUUCAUCUGCCAACACAGACUUUACCUCAUGAAUGAGCUGCAGGUUCAUCAAAGAUUCAGGCAGUUUUGUUUUGGCAUUACCUCCAGUGUCUUGUCUCCA